CUGAAUACAAAAUGAUAUUAACAGUAAACAAGCUAUUUGGGAGGUUAAAAUGUCUGUAAACAUACUAGAUUAGAUUUAUUGUCAUUGUACAAUGACUAAAGCUGCUAAGGGAUUUUAUAAACAGUCAAGGCACAUAAGAGUAAUACUUAAAAAAAAUAAAACCCUUGCAUGUUUUUUUUUUCUUUAAUUGUUCAACAAAAACUAUUUUUUCAUAUAAAAGUUCCAAAAUUAUAUUUCCUGAACUUCUAAAUCCCUGAAUGUUUUACUCUGAGUGACCAACUGUAAGCUUCAGGUCAAACACAGGCUUUUAUUUUGGUGACUCCGGGUUUUCUAUCCCUGGAAUGUGUGAACACGUGACUUCGCGCAUGCGUACUGAGUAUUGCUUCCGUUCCUUUCGGUGUGGAGGCCCCAGGCAGGUAAACAGAGGUUCUCCAGAGGUUCUCCUAAGGUUCUGUUGGUUCUAACUAGCUCUGAGCGGUUCCGGUUGGCCCAGCAGGAAAAUGUCUCCAUCCGCCACGUUUCACUCCCAGCUCGCCUCCAUCAUGGAGGUUCUGGCCAACACAGCGGUGGCGGAGAUCUGCGAGCUGGUGGACAACGGCUACGCGGUGCUGCAGCUGGAGAUUAGCCGGAGCCGCAAAGAGAACGAGGUUCUGCGGAGGAAACUGCGGCUCCUGGAGCUCCGGGCGGCGCGGUCUGCCGCGUUCAGAGCCGCCGCGAGCGGAAGCGGCGCCGCGCUGCUGUACGCCGCUAGCGGCCGCCCGCGCGCCAACCAGCGAGUCCACGAGCCUAGGAGGAGCGUGACUCUGACAGAAGUUGCAGCAGAGCUGUGCUUGCUGCCCAAUCAGCAGACUUCUCAGUGCAGAGAGACCCGCCCACCACCAGAACCAGAAGCUACAGGACAGACGGCGGAUGCAGCCGAGACCACAGUGGUGAUCAAGGUGGAGGAUGAGGAUGAGGAGGAAGAGUCCUGGUCCCAGUCCGACCCUCAUGGUCGGUUCUGUGGCGGUUCUGAGGAUCAGCCCGAGGCAGAAGCUUCGUCCUCGCUGGUCAAACAGGAAGAGAGCGGUGCAGAUGGCGGCGUCUCUUGGACCAGCGCGGAGGUGAGCUCCACCUCCACCCAGCAGACCAAUCAGAGGCCAGAACCAAGUGGCUACGACUCCAUGAUGCUGCAGCAAGCCUCCCACGCUGCAGCAGCAGAACCCGGCGGCUCCUCCGGGUUUGUUCCCAGCAGGAACGCUUCAGCCGAUUCAGGAAGCAGCUUCAGCCACCAUGAGGCGAGUCUGUCUGCAGCGGGGCAGCGGCAGCAGCAGGGGGCGCCACAGAGAGUCGGCUUUCGGCAGCAGAGCCGCGCCGCCGACCCCGCAGGGAAGUCGUUCGCCUGCAGCUUCUGCGGGAAAAGCCUGGCCUGCCUGAAGAACCUGAAGACCCACAUGCGGGUUCACACGGGCGAGAAGCCGUACGUCUGCGCGCUUUGCGGGAAACGCUUCUCCGACUCCAGCAACCUGAAGCGCCACCAGAGCGUCCACACGGGGGAGAAACGUUACGGCUGCGUCCACUGUGGGAAGCGCUUCGCCCAGUCCGGCUCGCUGAAGGUCCACAUGGCUGUCCACACGGACUGCGGCCAGUUCCGCUGCUCCGUCUGCGGCAAGGCCUUCACCUCCGCCGGCCACCUGAGGAGGCACGUCGCCAUGCACGCCGGGGACAAAUGCUUCCCCGCUGCGUUACUGUGACGACCGUCAGCAGACGCUGCGUCUGUCAUCAGAAGUUUCAGACCAGCCGUCGGCCAUCAGUGGCGCUGACGCUUCCUGCUGGACGGAUCAGAGCGACAGGAAGUCCUGAAACUGUCCGGAUCAUCAAACUGCCCCUCUAGCUGCCAUGUUUGUUUCUGUGCAAAUUGUGACAUUUUUCUGUACAUUUUUAAAUUUCUGCUAUAUUUUGGCAGAAAUGCUUUAAGAGAAUAAAGCUACUGCUGUUGAGUUUUCCUUUUUGCCUGGUUAGCGCUUACAUCACAGCCCUGUUUUUACUGUCCCACUUAAAGGAGUUUUUUCCCGGUGGUCUGGCAGGGGUCACGCUUUUACGAGACUUAUUUCUGUGUGUGUGGUUUUGGGUCUGACAGGACAAGGGCCCGUUUCCCCGCUGUCUGACUGUGAUGUUUUUCAUCGCUAAGGGUUAAAACUAUCUCAGACACACGCCCCCUGGUGGCGAGUGAGGAGAGGUAAUUAUGAGCAUUGUUUGACUUUUGACCUGAAAAUUGGCUGGCUGGAAGUCUGUGAUGUUGAGCAGCUUCACAGCAAAUACUGUGAUGUAAUAGUUAAAAAAACAUAAAAUGGAGCCGAGAAAACUGAUUGGAUUGAAACAUUUGACCCAGACAGAAUAUGAAGGUAUCUAUGCAGCACCAGGAGAAACUAAGCGGAACUUUUUCUGCACUCCUGAAGAUGCCAAGUAAACUGCAGGUAUUUAAGGGCUGACAGUGGAUUUUGAAUCCUAAGUUCCUUUAACUGGUCCAAAGGAAACCUGCUCCAGAGAGCCUGGAGAACCGCAGAUGGAGACGACUCAGCAGAUUACAGGAACGAUUCUUUAAAAUAUCACAUUUGACAGGAUGAGUUUUAAAUCCACUGUGAUGCUCCAGACAUUAAAAGCAGCAGCAUCUUCCUCCUCAGAGCUGCUGCUCUUCAUCCUCAGUUUGACUCAAAGCGGCAGGUUCUCAUCCGACCCGGUUCGGUUCGGAGCUGCAGGUUCUGAGGAGAACUGACUGGUUACACAUGAUGGAGAAAAGUUUAUGGAAAAAUCUGCACUGUUAAAAACUUCCUGUUUUCUGGUUUAUUGUGACUCAGUGAUGAUGAACUAAAUAAAUAUUCUGUUUUGUUUAGAAAGUUGAGUCAAAGUUAAAGUUUUUACGUCACUUCUUAAUAAAAUGACUCGAUCGUU